AUGAGAAUCCUAGCUGUCCUUGCAAGCUGGACUUGUGCCACCCUGACUCUAGCUUCCUGCUUAGCUGCCUUUUCCCAUGGUUCCAGCACCCAGGCCUGGGAAGACAUGUGGCCCAGGCACACGCAAACCGAGUCCAAGCACCCUGGUUCCCACCACAUCACCAUCCAUACCAGCAGGCCUUCCUACUUGCCAGGAGCUAAGAUUCCAGUGUCUGUCCAAAGCAGUCGCGAUGCCACUGGCUUUCUGCUGCGAGCACACUCAGCGGCUGGUCACCAGAUAGUGGGCACCUUUGUCUUUACUCCUCGCCAUUCUAAACUGAUGACUUGUUCUGGAGAGACAGACACUGCCACUCACUCUGACGACACCCCGAAGAGGACACUGCUGUUCAUGUGGAAAGCCCUUGCCCAGCCUGUAGGGGACAUUAGAUUCCUCAAUGGCCAGCAACUCAGUAGAGAGAUCAACCCAAUCCUACAACUAUCCCUGGAUGUCUAUAAGUUAGAGAUGCUUGUGACUCUCAGAAAAGGGUCCCUAGACCGUGAUGUUUCCAUCCUGAGCACCCAUCAUAGAUCUCAGAAUGAUCUGAGCUUUGAUUCUUUGGAAACCUGCCUGCCCUUGGAUAAGGGUGAGCAGGACAAGAUGACAGCCUCUAAUAGGUCUGUAAUGGGCCCUGCUCCACACACUGCUCGUAUUCCAGAGCCUCAGCAGGUCUGGUCUCACUCACAGGGAGCAGAGUGUGGAGGAGACACUGCAGAGGGUGGUAUGGGAUACCUUAGCAAGACUGACCUAAGGCCUGAGGUGAUGCAGCUCAGGACCCCACAGCUGGAAAUCCCGAUUUGCCUGUCAGUCACCCUGGGUGUGGCCCUGGCUGCAGGAUUUAGCUUUCUGUGUCCUCAGUAUUGCCACAAGCAGACAGAAGUGUCCUCCAGUGAGCCUACAGUAGAUGCUGUUGGCGAUGGGGACAGAAGGGCAGGUGCAGCAGAUGUGGGACUCCCCAGCGUUUACAGUGAUGAAGGACGUGUGGCUUCUAGCAGCUGGCAGGCGUGCUGCAUUUUGUCAAAGGUGAGACUAAAAAUGACCAACCAUUACUUGGCUUAUCUGGGGAAGAAAGCAUCGUUGAUGAAGACGAUUUGUUCUCCUGACUUUGUGAAGCUCGUGUGGUUUGACAAGGGCUGUACAGGUACUGCCUAG